GCGGCUCCGCCUCCCGCCGUGGCCGCUGGCGCUGGGAGGCCCCGCAGACGCCAUUUCCUCGGCGCCCCCGCGGCGGCGCGGCUGCAUCAGCGCUGACGUGAGGCCGACGUGCGGCUCCGCCCGGCCCGAUCCCCCCCACCCCCUGUGACGGGGGCAGCACGUACAGGGCGGCGGACUGAUGACCAUGGAAAUGGUUGAACAGGAUGACAGUGCAGCGGAUUCUCUGACAGAGAGACGUGCUGGUCCCCUUCAGAAUCAGCCAGGCCAGAAUCAGAUUUCCUCAGGAUCUGAGGUUUCUGUAGCUGCUUCCAGUGCUGGAAGAGGAUCUCCAGCUGUAACUCUAGUGCAGUUGCCUUCUGGUCAAACUGUUCAUGUCCAGGGUGUCAUUCAAGCUACACAGCCCUCAGUCAUUCAGUCACCACACAUGCAAGCUGUUCAGGUAGCAUCGAUUGCAGAUGAAGCUGCACCAUCAGAAGUGAUAAUUGAUUCUCAAAAACGUAGGGAAAUACUUUCAAGAAGGCCUUCAUACCGAAAAAUUUUGAAUGAACUCUCAUCAGAUGCACCUGCAGUAGCGAAGAUUGAAGAAGAGGAGAAGUCAGAAGAUGAAGGAACGCCUUCUGGUAUUUCUGCAAUGGCCAUGCCAACCAGCCUGUAUCAUACUAACACAGGGCAAUACCUUACCAUAUCUCAAGGUGGUACAAUUCAGACCGUGACAAAUUCAGGAGCUCCUCAGCCAGGCGCUACCAUUGUGCAAUAUGCAGCACAGUCAUCUGAUGGCACGCAACAGUUUUUUGUUCCUGGAAGCCAAGUUGUUGUUCAAGCUGCCACUGGAGACAUGCCAGCUUACCAGAUUCGAACUCCCACCACUACCUUACCUCAGGGAGUGGUUAUGGCAGCCUCACCAGGGACUUUGCACAGCCCUCAGCAAAUGGCAGAAGAGGCAACACGCAAGAGAGAGCUGAGACUUUUGAAAAAUAGGGAAGCUGCCAGAGAAUGUCGCAGAAAGAAGAAAGAAUAUGUCAAAUGUCUUGAAAAUCGUGUGGCUGUGCUUGAAAACCAAAACAAGACUCUCAUUGAGGAACUCAAGGCCCUCAAAGAUCUUUAUUGUCAUAAAGCAGAAUAACUGUCUUUCAUUUGGACCUCCUUUAUUAUGAACUUUAAUCAAGGCAUGAGAGGAAGCAAUUCUACAGAUUGCCAUAUGAACUUGAGAAAGAGACACUUGAGGCCCUUGUGGAACCCAGUUUUGCUUAGUGUUUUCAGACUGAUUUGGGAGAUAUUCCAAAAUUUGGAAUUCUGUCAUAGUCUCCAUACUCUGCUGAGCUUUCUAAUGGCAUGCAAAUGGCUUUUUUGUUUGCACUUUUUACUUCUGCUUUUUGCAGGGAAGCUGCUAAAGAAUGUCGACGUCGGAAGAAAGAAUACAUAAAAUGUCUGGAGAGUCGUGUUGCAGUGCUAGAAGUUCAGAACAAGAAACUUAUACAGGAGCUUGAAACCCUAAAAGACAUUUGCUCUUCCAAAACAGAUUAGUAAAUAUAUUUAUUAUACUGUGAACUAAGAUAUGUCCAGUUGCUUUGUAAGACAAUACAUAGCCAACAUAACUUAUGGCAUCUUUGUGUCAUUUAUAAUAUAUUCCAACUCCUAACAUUCCUGAAUGCUUUCCUGCUUUUUGUCAAUUCAUAGCUCUAAUUUCAGGUUUUUCAUGCACCAUCCUUCUGUCUCCCAAGGAGCCAAAUUUUAAAAAAUAUAAAGAAGUAAAAAAGUGCAUAAUUUCUAUGAGCUGUUUCUUUGCCAUAUAUUUACAUACUACUUUUUACAUGUUACUGAGUAUCCUGCACAUUCAAAAUAUUUUGCAAUUGUUUUAGAUGAAUCAUAAAGAUAAUGCAUCCAGUAAUACAAGAAAAUCAACCAACCCAAGGUAUCUCAGGAAAGAGUUUAUAAAAGAAUGUUAUGAUUAUAUGUAAGUACUAGCAUACUAGCCUACAGAUGAAUUUAUGGCAUAUUUUUAUAUUAGUUGCUUUGUGGAAAAAAGUAUUGUAUUGCUGUCACUGAGUGCCAUGGUUAAAGAUAGUUUUUAAUAGAAACAUGUUGUUUAACCUGUGUAGUGUCUGAUUUCCUUUAAAAACCUGGUUGAGAUGCUUUAAAAUCCAUGAGUAUCUGAAAGAAGACAAAGGGAAAAAAGCACACCUAAGCUCAUGACAUGAUGCUAAAUAUGUUGUAAAUACCUGUAAGAAGCUCUCUGUUAUAUGGCUGCUAUUUACUUAAAUUUUCUGUAAUCUGCAGAAUAUUUGAUUUGCUGGAGGUCUGUAUAUCAAAAUUUAAAUGUUCAUCCUGAAUACUUCACAUUCUAGAUCCUGUACACCUGUAGAUAAUUGCCUGUAGUGAAGAUUGAUUCAAUUCUUUUCACAAUUUCAGCAAACUAUUGAGUGGUGGUCAAGGUGUCCUAAAGAAGGAAGCUUUUCAAUAAGUGACUAUUGGCUCAUUCACUGAAUUCUGGAAUAGCCUAUAGAUGGGAUCUGAAGAGUUUUAACAUAAACCCAUGUUUAAACCACGUUACAGCUCUCAUAAAUGCAGUAUGUUCCAACUUUCCAUUGUGCUUUGAAAAAACUAGUGUAUAUGCAAAGUUGCUUCUGGGUACUUUUUAAAUUCAGGAAUGAUCUAAUUGUUUGGCCAGUACAGUUUAUGAGCAGAGUAUUUGGGAGCUUUGCUGGAACUAAUGGCUUUACUGAUGUGGUAGGAAGAAAGGCCUGUAUCCUACUUAACUGGCUUUACUGAGGGUGUGUGUGUGUGAGUGUGUGGAAGGGGGAGGAGGGAUGGAAUCCUACUGAAGUUAUUGAGACUUCCUAAUUUAAUUUAAACUCAAUUUGCAUUUAACCCUCUUCACUCUGACCCUGUUGGGAUGGGUUGGUUUAUGUAUAUGUUUUUUUUUUUCUUCCCUAAAUUUCUUGAAAUACACAGGAUCAUUUUCUUGAAUACUUUGAAAAUCCCACUAAGUACCUAAGUGACACCAUUUGUAAGAAGAGGUAUUCUCUCUCACUUCCUGCAGCCACAUCAGUUGAUUGAAGGAGGUAAGAAGAUACCUCUGGCCUCUAAGGCUCUGAUGCAGGUUUGGAACAAAAAAAGUAAACUUUGAAAUACCUUCUUCACUGUGAAAAUACAUCUGAAAUGCUAAGGUCAGCAGAAGUCAAAGGUUCUGUUCAGGUUGGACAGGAUGAAUGCAAUCUGCAGAUCCAUGUUGCAGCCUCUGUAGUGCAACAAGUAAGUUAUUUGUUAUGGCUCUGUCACUAAAGUCUGUUUUCUGUUAUGGGUAGGCAUUGCUUCUGACUCACAAGGGAUUUGGAAACUUAAAUAGAGAGAAACUUGUGUGUGUGUGUGGUAGAUACAUCUCCAGUAAAAAAUCCCCUUUAUCUUCACAAUAGUGUCUGGUACUAAUUACAGUUAGAAAUUUGAUGGGAGGAAUCCUUGUCUAUUCCACUUCUGUGUAGUUUUUAUUUAUUUCUUUACUAGUAGAAUCAUACAAUGGUUUGGGUUGGAAGGGACCUUUGAGAACAUCUGAUUCCAAACCUCCAUGCCAUAGGCAGGGAUGCCACUCACUAGUAAAUCAUGUUGCUUAGAGCUCCAUCCAACCUGGCCUUGAAUGCUUCCAGAGAUGGGGCAACCACAUCUUCACUGAGACACUUGUUGAGUGCUAAUUUCAUAGUAAAGAAUUAAUUCCUAAUAUCUAAUGUGCAUCUCCUCUUUAUAACAAUUGUCCCUUGUCCUGUCAUUUUCUACCUGUGUAAAAAAUUAUCUCCUCCUUUCCUGUAAGUACUGAAAGACUCAGUGAGGUCUCCCUGGAACUUUCUUUUCUCCAGGAUGAAAUAGCCCAGCCAUUUCAGGCAGUUCUCAUUGGAGAGGUGCUCCUACCCUGUGAUUAUGUUUGUGGUACUCCACCAAACCUGCUCUAACAGGUCCAUGGCUUUCCUGUGCUGAGGCCCCCAGAGCUGGAUGCAGCACUGCAGGGGGUCUCUGCCAGAGCAGAGUAAAGGGGCAGAAUCCUCUCCCUGACCUGCUGCCCACCCUGCUGUGGAUGCAGCCCAGGAUGGACUCAGCCUUCGGGGCAGCAGGCACACACUGUAGCACUGAUGGAUGUGGUGCAGGAAAAAGGGCUUUUCAAUACAAUAGUAUUCUUUGUAUAGAAACACCCAAGUGAAUCUGAGUUGGUUUAUUAUAAGAGAAUUUGAGCGCUGCCCAAGCUUUGAUUUGGCAGAGCCAAGAGUUUUGUUUUCUCAUUAUCAAGAAAAAAGGCCAAAAAAAUUGUGGUUUUGUCCUUCCUGUUAGAAAAUUGCAUUUCUAUUGUAUGAAACUCUUUUAUUGCUGAAGCCACACAACUGCAAGUUUAUUUAAGAUAGACAGCUAGAGGAUUGGCCUUGGAGGGAAAGUGUGUACACAGGCCUGCAUGGAUUUUAAUUUUUUUUUUUUCAAAAUAGAUUUUCAUGUAGCUCAGGUAAAAUAGUCUCUUGGAAAAUAUCUUCAGCUUCCUAGACUUGUGGGUGAUGAGGAAUGUAAUAGUCAGCUUUGAGUCAUAGCUGUUUCCCUCUUUAAGCAGAUGUGCAAAGUCUAUAGGCUAUCCAGACAGAUCUCUCUUGACUCUCUAAAACAGCCUCAGCUGUUUUGGCCAGUGAAGAAAGGGAUUAAAAUAAGUAUAUUGUAAGAGUAGGUGUGGAUUUGGCUUCUUUGGAAGGACUUUUUGAUUGUUAUUCCCACAGAUUUUGCGCUUUGCAAGAAUAAUUGCAGAUUUUUUUUGUUUGUUUGUUUUUGACUGCACUUACACAGGCCUGAGGAGUGCAAGUUGUCUCCUGCUUGGUUUUCCUUCUGUUCUUGUCACACGUAAUUGCUGAUCUGUACUGGUACUCUGCAGACAUCGGUGUAACAGCUAAAUUCAGUGUGAUUGUUUUCUGAAUUAAAUAUCACUUCAAAGAAAACGAAGGGGUCUGCUCAGCUUCUAGUUUGGAUUGACUCAUUUUGCCCACAGUUUUUUCCUGUUUCAUCCCCAUAGUAUUUAGUGUGUGGGUGUGUACAAGGCAAGACUGUAUUGAGUGCUGUGCUGUUAAGCAGCUGACAGAAGUAACUGCCUUUUGCUUGUCAGCCUUUCUGUAGAAAAUACUGUCAUGUGGGGAGAGGGUCUAGUCUUUUUUGAGAUUUUUUUUUUCAGGCACUAUGAGACCCUUGUGAAUGAGAAUAACAGUGAUCUCAUUAUUCCAGCAAAAGUGUUCUAGUAUUUGCUUGAUAUAAUAACUGAGGGAAAUAAUUUAGGUAAAUUCUAGAGCAAUUUGGUAGUCUGUCAUGCCAACUGGAAAUGGCGGGUAGCAAAAAUCAAAUUAUUCUUCUCUGUCUAAUGAAUUUUUAGUCUACUUUCUCAGGUUUCUGGGUUUUUUUAAAUUCUGAGUUAGAACUUCCUUCUUGCAGCAGACUUGCUCUAAUACAGUAUGAAGCAAAAGCUUUGUAUAUGCACAAAGUCUGAGAGAGAGCUGCAUGUAGACUGAGGAAAAAAAACUUCAUUUUGUAUUCUGUGUGACUUGAAUGGAAAAAACAGUGAAGGAAGUGUCUUUGUUAUGGUAACUGCUGAGCUUUUUCCUCUCUUUUAAUAGCCUUUGUCAGUGAAAUCAGGUGUGAUUAAUACAUCUCAUGAAUGGAAUUAGGGCUAUAAAAAUGUCAUGAUUGAGAAAUCUCGUUAUCUAGCCAAGUCAUUGUUUUUGUUUUGUGGCUUCAAAAAUACGAUUUCCAAACAACCUUGAAUGAGGCUCUUGAUAUCCUCACUUUCAUGAUUCUCCCCUCCACCCCUUCCCAAUGUGGUUGUACUCACACCAGGUAAAAGUUGCUGCAGAGUUGUUUAACAAGCUCAGUCUGGACCAAUGGGGGUGUUUUUUCUAAAAUAAUUCUGUUAAGGCUUUUUCUCCCCCUAAGCAAAGUACUUAUCACAUUUCUAGCUUCCAUUAAUUCUUACAGAAGUGAGAGAACUGUAAACACAUUUUUAAGUUUAAUGCAUACUGAGGUGUUUUGCUUGAUGAAGUUGAUUCUGAAAAUCUAGAUUCUCCUGGAUCCUGGUUAUGUGAACUAAAAGCUUUCUGAAGUUUGUCAGUUGGCAUACAAACAAAAAAAUACUGAAAUCCUUGACACCUCUGCAUUUUUACCAGUGAAGUUGUCAGUUACUUCAGAAAUCCAGACAUGGGCCUGGGGCUGCAGCUUUCAUGAGAUGUGAGCGGCCCAAAUCUGUUGAGAUCUUCAAAGCAGACGUUGUUCUUUUUCUCUCAUUUGAAGCUUGAUCUAAUUACCUUUUCUGAAGUGUGUCUAUUGGAAAUGGUCCUAAAAUUUCAACAGCCACAUAAAACCAGGAAAAGUUAGGAUGGAUUGAACAGAGUGUUUGAAAACAUUGGUGUUACAGAGUAUAACACAAGCAGCUAUGGUAAGUUUGGAUGUGGUACUGUUUAUUUUUAAACGUCUGUAUUUUUUGUGCAAAAGCCCAGUUGGUUUAUAUAGGGAUCAGAGUUCUGCAGUAUUGAGCACAGGAUGAAAAGUGUUAACAUUUCAAAAUCAGUUCCACUUUCUUUUGUUGUAUCUUAUGUAAAUUUUUACCUACAGCUCUCUCCCUCAUACUGUCAGACCUGUUCCAUACAUUCUUUGUUCUUUUUCAUUGAUGAUUUUCAUUUUCCUGAAAUACUAAUACUGUUUCCUGUGAAAUGACAGUUGCUCAUGUUAGUAUCAUAUUUCUUCUAGUAUGUUUUGAACCUGGUGGUCAACAGCAAUUAAAGUUCAUAGAUGUGUUAAAAAUCUCUCAAAAGUUCAUGAAAAUAGGGAGUUAGCAGUGAAGGCAUGGACUUACUACAGGAGAAGUUGGAAUGUAAGAUAUUUUAGAUUCAAGAAAACUUUCUGGGAAUUCUCUCCUAUUAGCUUCCAGAGAAUUAAUUCACUGAUUGCCCGUGAACUAUAGAAAGUAAAGUUUUGUUGCUGACAACUGUUUGUGUUUUUUGGAGGAUAUUUGAAUGUCUGUAGAUUAUACUCUAUUUGUUUAAAAGGACAAUUUGUUUAUAGACAAAAUGUAUUUUAUUAAAAAGCUUGAAUACCUUGCAGACCUAAGUUAUUGGGUCAAUGAGCCAGUGGUUGUUUAAUAAAGGAGAGUGCAAUGUAUCCUGAUAAAAUACUUGCUGGAUGCUCCCCCAAAUUGAAACAGUUACUGGCACUUUUAUUUAUUUUUUUUUUUUUUAAUUUUACCCACACUGCAGCUAGGCAAAUAUGUUACAAAUAGAUUGAUUUUGAAGUACACUAUUUGCAAGAAAAAAUAACCACUGCCUGUAGUGUUACGUUGUAGUAGCACUGAGUAAAAUCUGAUAAUUCAGUCUUAAAUUUGAAAUGCUGGUGAUUUCUGACCUUCUGGGUAAAGUUCAAAGCAAAAAAGACACAAUUUUUUUUCGGCUGUUUUAGAGUGACACCUUGUGGAGUAUAAAUGUCUGGACUUUAUUUUCAAACUGACAAAGCAGCAAAAGGAUGUUCCAAAAGUGGGGAAUUUCUUGUAUCCUAUGGGGGAGAUUUGGGGGGUGGGGUGUUCUCUGGCUGUUAAGGACAGAAACUCAUUUUUCCUGCUGUUUCUGUGUUAACAUGUAUACAUAAAUAAGUGAUGUAAAAUUUGAUAGCCUUUCAAGAGGAAAAAAAAUUAUAUUGACAGUUUUUCACUUUAUAGUCUUUCUGAUCAAUAGUCCCAUUUAAUGAAGGACAAAAUGGGAAUUACUUAAUUUUGAUUCAUAAUAAUAAUAGGAUUUAUCUAAAUGCUAUUGCAAAUACUGCUUUUGAGACACAGUCAUUAGUAGUUCUAGAUCACAGAAAUUAAAUACAAUAAAAAACCUAAGUAUCUUUUGAAAUAUAAUGAUGUAAAGGGAAAA